GUGCCCGAGGGGGCCUUCCGCGACCUGGGGCAGCUGCGGGACCUGGAGCUCCAAGGCAACCGCCUGCGGCGCCUGCCCGCGGGAGCCUUCCAGGGCCUCGGGGGGCUGAGGGACCUGGACCUGUCGGAGAACCUCCUGGAGGGGCUGCCCCCGGACCUGCUGGCGGAGCUGCCCAACCUGGAGAUCCUGCGGCUGGAAAGGAACCGGCUGCGGCGCGUGCCAGAUGGCUUCUUUUCCGAGGAGGCUGCGUACGCAUACGUCUACCUGGCCGGGAACCCCUGGCUGUGCGACUGCCAGCUGCUGUACCUGCGGGACUGGAUCAUCGAGAAUGAGAUCAGCGUGUAUACUCGCACGUCCGUGCAGGAGGAUGGCUCUGAGAAGGUGGUCACGGAGAAUGACCCAGAGAGCGUCCAGUGCCACGAGCCACACAAGGAGAAGGGGCGGCCUGUCAUGCAUUUCCAAGCUGUCUGCAGGCAACUUGGAGAUGGUGAAGAGGCAGAAGGCGGAGAAGACGAUGCAGACGAUCCUCGGACUCUCGCUCCCACUCCUUCCACUUUGAAGUUCUCUGCUGUUGUCUCCCGGACCGCGUUGUUCCCUGUACCUUCCAGCCUCUCCUCACACAGCCCAAGCACAGCCAUCACCACGACUGGUGCUUCUCCCACAAUCGCAACAAGCACGUCAGCAUUUAGCUCCACAACCACAUACGCUCGCACAGCCACCAGUCAUGUUCCAUCAACCGCUAUUAAUGUUCUCACUACAACCCCAGCAGUUGCUGCUUUUAACCUUUCCACUGCUGGUGUCAUUGUGGGAAGGUCAACUCCACCCUCAAAACUGCAACCUCUAACCACAGGGACACCAGCCUCCCCCACCACCCACCUCCCAACCACCCCAUCCAAAAUCUUCAGUGUUCCUACCACGCCAACUGCAACCCCUUCCCCCACUUUUGCUCACAGAACCACCACCUUGAUGCCCACAGCCCCUGUUUCCCAGAGUACACCACCCCCAACAAUGGCUGUGACCAGGCACCUUCCAAGCACUCUUGGAGCCCUUGUCCCCUCAAUCACUCACGGCAAAAGCUCACCCACAAUUUCUACUCCUGCUUCCACCCGUGUCUUUUCUCCAGCAGCUUCCUCCAUGCCCGCUGGUCACUGUCUGUGCCCUGCCCUGCCCGUCAGGGUUCUUGGCGUGGCCACUCGUAAAGGGACCCCAGCAAACUGGCUGGCUGGUUAUUGCUGCCUUCUGCGUCUGACUCUGUACAUCGCCUGCCUGGCACUCGUGGCUCUGCCGGCCCUGGCGGUGCUCUGCUGCCUGGGGUGGCUGUACCUGAGCUGGUACCGUCCAGCUCUGCAAGGAGCUCCUGGGGCACGUCUGGCCAGAUACCAGCAAGGGCAGAGAGUCACCCUGAAAGAACGGCAGCUGAAGACUGCUGAAGUCCCCAGUCUUACAACGGGGCCCCGGAUCUAUCGUGUUUGCAAGAAGUUCAGGAUUGCCCCUUCCCGCCACGUCGCCUGGCUCCUCGUCAGCCUGCCGGGGCCUGCUGGAGAAUGGCCCUGGGAGCAGAGGCAGGGCAGCCGCUCGUCCUACAGCUUGGACCGAGGAAGGGACACCUUCGGGGCUGUGAGAGUAAAAUACGCUGCGGCCUCCUUAUAAGGGCCAAGCAGUUCAGAGACCUGGAUGAUCGGAAGGCCCAAGGGUCCAUCCAGAAAAAGGGCCGAGUUUGCUUGAGACACGGGUGGGGGGGGGACUGCGGCCCUCUGGCUGUGGGUCUGCAGUUCCACCUUCCCUCCUAUUGCCAGGCUGCUUGCAGUCAGUGGGGAUUCAGUCCAACAGGGGCAGGGGACGACCGACUCCAGAUGCAGGUUGAGCGACUAGCAGGAGGGCGCAGGGCCCAAAGAGCGUGGCUUAUUCUGCCCGGGAAAAGCCAGCCGCAGAGGCCCAUCCUCAAGCGCGUCAGAUCCAAAUGGACUGCUGGACGUGCGUGAGGGAGACACCCAGUUCCUCUUCCCAGCACGCUGAACCCAGUCAAGUGGCCUUAGCGGUGGUUCCGGCAGUUCUUGGUCCCAUGAAUCGUGAAAAGGCCCCCCUCCCCCAUGAUUACUAUGAUUAGAUUUACAUCCCCUCCUAUUUUAGCCAAUUCAAGACAGCGUACGUAACGCUCCUGCCGCCUAUUGUCCCUGCAACAACAGCCCUGUGAGGUGGGUUGGGCUGAGAGAGGGACUGGCCCCAAGCCACCCAGCCGGCGUUCGUGCCUAAGGCAGGACUAGAACUCACAGCCUCCUGACCUUCAGGCCGGCGCCCCGUCUGCCGCACCAA